AGCCCUACCCACACCAUGCCUUACAACUGCUGCCUGCCCAGCAUGAGCUGCCACUCCAGCUGCUCCUCCCGGCCCUGCAUCCCCCCCAGCUGCCAUGGCUGCACCCUGCCCGGGGCCUGCAACAUCCCCGCCAACAUCGGCAGCUGCGGCUGGUUCUGCGAGGGCUCUUUCAACAGCAGCGAGAAGGAGACCAUGCAGUUCCUGAACGACCGCCUGGCCAGCUACCUGGAGAAGGUGCGGCAGCUGGAGUGUGAGAAUGCGGAGCUGGAGCGCCGCAUCCAGGAAUGGUGCCAGCAGCAGGUGCCCUACGUGUGCCCCAACUACCAGUCCUACUUCCGCACCAUCGAGGAGCUGCAGCAGAAGAUUCUGUGUGCCAAGUCAGAGAACACCAGGCUGGUGGUGCAGAUUGACAACGCCAAGCUGGCCUCUGAUGACUUCAGGACCAAGUACGAGAUGGAGCGCUGUUCGCGGCAGCUGGUUGAGUCAGAUAUCAACAGCCUGCGCCGCAUCCUGGACGAGCUGACCCUGUGCAAGUCCGACCUGGAGGCCCAGGUGGAGUCCCUGAAGGAGGAGCUGCUGUGCCUUAAGAAGAACCACGAGGAGGAAGUCAACACGCUGCGCUGCCAGAUCGGAGACCGCCUCAACAUCGAGGUGGACGCUGCCCCCACUGUUGACCUGAACCGUGUGCUCAACGAGACCCGCUGCCAGUACGAGGCCCUGGUGGAGACCAACCGCAGGGAUGUGGAGGAGUGGUUCACCACCCAGUCUGAGGAGCUGAACAAGCAGGUGGUGUCCAGCUCAGAGCAGCUGCAGACAUGCCAGGCGGAGAUCAUCGAGCUGAGACGCACGGUCAACGCCCUGGAGAUCGAGCUGCAGGCCCAGCACAACCUGAGGGACUCCCUGGAGAACACACUGACCGAGACGGAGGCCCGCUACAGCUCGCAGCUGGGCCAGGUGCAGUGCAUGAUCACCAACGUGGAGUCGCAGCUGGCUGAGAUCCGCAGUGACCUGGAGCGGCAGAACCAGGAGUACCAGGUGCUGCUGGACGUGCGGGCCCGGCUGGAGUGCGAGAUCAACACUUACCGGUGCCUGCUGGAGGGCGAGGACUGCAAGCUCCCUUGCAACCCCUGUGCCACCACCAAUGCUAGUGGCAGCUGCUGUGGGCCCUGUGGCGGAUGUCAAAAGCGUUGUUAAUUUCAAGACUGGCAUCCUCUUUGAAGACGUCCAUGAAGCUGUUUACUGCAAGCACAGGAAAAGUCCCAGGUCCCACCCUUGCUGGAACUUCGUUCUCACUUAGGAAUGGAGUCAGGCCAACUGUGAUAUCUCCAGACACUGAAAUGCUUUCCAGACCCAACAAGGAAAGCCACUUCAUCAAGUCCAGCAUCUGGAAACUCUGUCCUGUCAAAGGUUGAGUCUCUGUGGGGGAAGUCCAGCUCCCUGAAUGUGGAGCUUCCAGUGUG